UCUGAACAGGAGUUUACAGUCAAGGAAGUUUACCAGGAGCUCCGCGAGCUGACCGGCAGGUGGAAGAUUGGAAAGUUCAAAUGCAAGCCAACCGUCAAGAAGUAUGCUUUUGAGUUUGCCGAUGUGCCUUCGGAAGCAGAGUACUUGGAAGUGCGCUACUCCGUUGCAUUCCCUGCUCUCCCUACCAAUCUUUCUGGGGAAACCUUCUCGAGGGUAUUUGGUGCCAACACAUCUUUCCUUGAAAACUUAAUACUCGACCUCCGUCUGCGCGGGCCAUGCUGGUUGGAACUAACUGGAGCAGUACCACUUCAGCCACAAAUAAGCUGGUGCAAGGUAGACUAUGACUUCUCCUACCAGAAACCCAACAGUAUAAUGAAACUGAGCGACGCAAUUAGGGCUCGCACAGCAGUCGCCGACGAUACUCGUUUGCCGUCACUACCACCACCACCCCCUCUACGGCUGGUUGCUUUGGAUAUCAAGUCGGUUGUCCGUCGCGAGACCAACUCCUCUGAGAUAAUCGCUGUUGGCCUUUUAAUCGACAACCAUUGCUACCUUGAUCAGCCAGCUGGCUCAAAGACAUUCCAGUCGCACUACCUAGUUUUAUCUCCACCAAAGGGUUCUGUGCUGCCCUACGAUCUCUCCAAGAAGCUGCCCUCUUGGGGUGCACAGUAUCAGCCGCCCAAGUCCACUGCUGCUACUGGUGAGACCACUAACAGCGCCUUUUCCGGUGGCGUCGAUAUUGAACCAAACGAAAGAGCUCUUUUAGGACGUCUACUGACACGCAUCCACCGCCUCGAUCCAGACCUCAUCGUUGGCCACGAUCUUUGGGGUUAUCAGCUGGACCUUCUUCUACAUCGCCUCAACGCACACAAGGUCCCACACUGGCACCGUAUUAGUCGCCUACGAAGGUCGGCCGGUUAUUCAAUGAUCUUUUCACGGGGCUGGUUCAUGCGCAAUGCCAUGCCUGGUCGCCUCAUCUGCGACAGCCGGGUCUCCGCGAAAGAGCUUAUUCGAUCUCGUACUUACAACCUCAGUGAACUAGCUCACCAGGUGUUGCCUUCAAAUCAACAACAGAAACGCCAAAUUCCACCCUGUGUGCGCGCCCAGUUCUCACAGUCGAUUGUCGCCAGCGACGGUGGUGGUGGUGGUGAAGAAUCCCUCUCCGGCAUUGACCUGGAAGUGGAUUCAGCUGACUUGCGUUGUCUCUUUGAUUCCUCCGCUCAUAUCAAGGACCUGAUUGACUUCUGCCUCUCUGACGCUCUCCUCGUGUUGCGACUCGUUCAUCAACUUCAGGUACCCCUGACUCCCCAUCACCACCACACUAUCCACCCACUUAUAUCUCACAAUUUUAGUCUUCGUUAUUUUGAUUCUAAAAACCUUACAAUGUGUCAGAAUACCGACGUUCCGUUUUCUUUCCACGGGAACAUGUUAAUUGUGUGA